UAGGAGCAUUUCGGGGUUUCGCGUCUGGCCUUACAUUUCUCACCACCCCACCUGGCCACUGUCGGUUUCCUCCCGACUUGAUCGAGCUCCCCCCAGAUCCUCAGGCGACACGGGGACUAGCCUGAGGAAGCGUCAGGUUGAAGUCAAACAGCAGGUCCGUUGUAACAGAGACCCGUCGCCAUGGACCCUUCAGAGCUCCCAUCGCCGUACGAUAUACCAGGUGGCACCGCCGGAUUCGACGACGCGGAUGGACGGUCAGGAUUCCCUGGCUCGGUUCCGAUGUAUCCUCCUCCUCCGCAUCAUCAUCUUCCGUAUCACCAUCCAGUCCCGUUGGUUGAGGCCGAUCGGUACGCCGUGAAUUACGGCGUGCAUCCCGCCGCUCAUUCCGCCGCACAUCACGGCGUGAAUCACUCGCUAGUCGUGAAUGUGGAUGAGGAUGAUGAGGAGGAGGAGGGGGAGGAGGAAGAAGCGGCUCGACGUCGCGAUGCUGACGUGGCAGGGCGAGCGGAAGCGCAGAUUACGGAGGCGUCGAGAUACGAAAUCCCGCAAAACGCGGUAUCGCCUUUCGAGGCGUCUCAACUACAGCCGUACGGUUUCAGGUCUGAGUACGGUGUUAGGUCCGAGUACGGUUCGCAUGGCGCCAGUGACCCGCAUUCGGGGCCAAUAGCGGGGGUGCAUCAUCCGCACUUUCUAUACACGCACCCUCCUUAUAUGCACAUCCCGUUCCAUGCACAUCCGAAUGCUGGUUCCCCGGGACCCAUGCCUCUCCCAUACCACCCCUCGCGAUCUCUGGUUACAAGUUACAAUGCGGGUUACCACCAUCACGGUCCGCCGGCGCCGCCCCCGGCUCAUGUGAUGCAUCCUGGACCGUUGGAUCCGGUCAUGGGGAUUCAUCACCAUGGCACGAUGGAGCAUCCAGAAUCUUUGGAGCAUCAUCAUGGGUCCAUGGAGCAGGCAUCUGGUUCAUACGGGGAGAUAGGCAUGAGUCAUCAUUAUCACCACCACCACCAUCAGCACCAUCACCACCAUCACCAUCACCAUCCCGGCGUGGGGGGUAUGAUGGGGUUAGAUCCAUGGCCGGCGCGUUUACCGCCGCAGAUGGCGCCGCAAAUGGCGCCCCCAUUACCAGAGCACUUGAUGCUGGAAUCGGGCCAGGAGUGUGGGCCCGAUGCUGACGUGGCGUUGAGGCAAGAGAGGGAGCGUGAUGUGCUGGCAGCGGAGACAGAAGCUGAAGUGGUGGUUGAUGCAGUGGGGUAUGACUAUAUCGAGGAUGAGCAUCAAGCCCCGGAUCAGGGACUCGUUAUAAGACAGAACGUGCAGGACGCGGACGAAUUCAAGCAGUUAGAAAUGCAAGUAGAGAGUCAAACUAAUUCGGUAGAGGGCGGAGCGCCAGCUCAGGUGCAGGGGCACAGGUAUAUCUUUGAGGCAUCUCAAAAACAAGUGCAAGUGCCGGGGCACGGGUAUAGAUACGCCCAUGCGCAUGUGCAAAGGAGUGAGCAGGACUUGUACGAUACAGAGCCUAUAACGGAGCACGUCUCGCAGCUUGUAGCGGAGCAUGCACUAGCGCAGGGGGAUGGGGGUGCGGAUGGGGAGGGGGAGGGGGAGGGGGGGGCGGAGGGGGGGAAGGAGCAGGCGGGCGGGCAAGGGGAGGAUAUUGAGCUUAGAAUAGAGGUCGAGGGGGAGGGGGACGAGGGGAUUCAGGGGGAAGGGGAUGCGGAAAGGGAAGGGGGAGUGGUGGGGGAAAGGGGAAUGGAAGACGAAGGGGGAAAGGAGGGGGGAGGAGGAAUGGAGGGGGAAGAGGGGCCGGAGAUUGACCUGGAGAUUGUAAUGGGAGAUGCUGAGCUGGAUGACGCGGAGAUAUUCGUGGAACAGCUGGCCGCUGACGUGGCGAACGCUCACGCACCAGAUGUCCACGUGGCAGGCGUUCAGUGCGACGCCUUGCACGAGGAUGUAUCUGUGCCACGGUAUGUUACAGGGUUACCAGACGGCGAGGCUAAUGCGAGGGAGGCUCCGGCAGUAGAGGAAAGUGGCUUGAGGAAAGGAAUAGCAGGAACACAGGUAGCACCUGAAGCAGCAGAAGAACGGGUAACACCUGAGGGAGGUUCUCCUGAAUUUGCAGGAGAGGGAGCGCUGGUUGGGCAAGACUUUGCAGCUGUGCAGGGACAGCAGAAUAUAGCAGUGCAGCAGCAAGGAGAGGCAGGGAGGAGAGCGGCCGUAUUCACGGUUUUAGCCGCAGAUGUGGAAGCAGAAGCGGGACCAGCUGUAGCAUCAGCAGCCGUAGAGGUGGUAUCGUCAGCAGCAGCAGCUGUAGCAGCAGCAGAAGCGGCGGUGGCGGCAGCAGCGGCAGAAGCAGCUGCUGAGGCAGUAUCGCCACCAGCCAUAGUCUCAGCUGCUCCAGAAGCAGCAUUGGCAGAGCCAGAUGUGCCAGUAAUACAUGCUCCUCUAGAGGAUGCGCCAAUAAUAAACGAGCCUUUAGCGGACGCGCCAAUAGCAGACGUGCCUGUGAACGACGUGCCAGUACACAGAGAGAAGGUGCAGGAUGGGCCAUUGGUAGAGCAGUCAGGUACGAGCUAUGGCAGGCGAGCGGCUUCUGAUUUACAGGCGGAAAGAGUGGCGGCUACCCACUCACGAGCAGACAAACGAGCAGUCCCUCUUCCGCGAGCAGACAGAACACGGAUAUUCGAUUCCCAGGCAGUAGUUGCCGGCACAGUGGAGCAUGCCAUGGCUGUGGCUGGAAGAGAGAAAUCCGCAGUUGUGGCGGCACGAGAUAUGGAGCAAUCGGCGGUUGCGGCGUCUCAAAGCACAGGAGCGGGGCUGGCUUGUGCGGUUGAGAGGACUCCUGAGUCGGCUCGACCGGAGUCAGGCACAGGUGAUGGCAGCGAGAGAGGGGGAGAAGAAGGAGCGGAGGGGGUAGCACCUGCAGUGGCAGAAGAAGCAAUGGCAGUCUCGGCAGCCCCCAGACGUGAAGGGCUAAGAACAGCAGCUGUGGUUGGGGUAGAGGGACGAUUGGCAUUAGACAGGGGGGCAGCCGCUCCUACUGCUGCUGCUGGAGCAACAGAAGCAACCUCAAGAGCAGAAGUUGCAGUGGGAGUAACAGCAGCAAUGGUUGGGACGGAGCGUGUUAUGGGAGUGAUGGUUCCAGUGGCGCUGCCAGCAGCAACGCCACUAGCGGUAGCAGCAGCAGCAGCACCCGCACCACCACCAGUAGCAGCAUCAGCACCAGCAGCAGAAGCAGCAGCAGCCGCAUCACCAGCAGCAGCAUCACCAGCAGCAGCGGCACCACCACCACCAACAUCACCAGCAGCAGCAGCAGCAGCAGCACCACCACCACCAACACCACUGUCACCACCAGCAGAGGCACCAGAAGCAGUACCGCUACCAGCAGCGGCAGCAGCAGCAGCAGCAGCAACACUAUCGUCAAUACCAGCACCCGCGACACCAGCGGCAGCAAUGGCAGCAACGGCAACAGCAGCACCUGUAGUAGUGCCACUAAGCACACUAGCACCACUACCAGCACCAGCGGCAGCAACGGCAGUGACGGUAGCAACGGUAGCACCACUACCAGCACCAGCGGCAGCAACGGCAGCGACGGUAGCAACGGUAGCACCAGUACCAGCACCAGCGGCAGCAACGGCAGCGACGGUAGCAACGGUAGCACCAGUACCAGCACCAGCGGCAGCAACGGCAGCGACGGUAGCAACGGUAGCACCAGUACCAGCACCAGUGGCAGCAACGGUAAUGGCAGCAGCCGCAGCAGCACCAGCAGCACGAUCACCACUACCAGCACCAGCAGCACCAGUGGCAGCAACAGCAGCAGCAGUACUAGUAGUAGCGCCAUUAAGCACAGCCCCGAUGGUUAUGACUUCUACACUUGAAGAAACCUCCACGGCAGCAACACUAUUGCCACUAGCGGCACCACCGGCACCACCGGCAGCAAUGGCAGCAAUGGUAGGACCAGUACUGGCACCAGCGGCAGCAACGGCAGCAGCAGCACCAGCAGUAGCGCCGCUAAGCACAGCCCCAAUGGUCGUGACUUUUCCACUUGACAAAGCUGUAGUAGAAGUGCCGAGCCUAACCACAGCGGUGCCGAGCCUAACCACAGCGGUGCCGAGCCUAACCACAGCGGUACCGAGCCUGACAGCACCGAAGGCAAGAGGAGCAGUAGCACCAAAAGCAACUGCAGCAGCAAGAGCAAAAGCAGUUACAAAAGUAAAAGCAGCAGCAGGCUCGAUGGCAACAGCUGGGGUAGUAUCAGCACGACAGGAAGGAGGAGGAGGAGGAGGAGCAGCAGCAGCAGCAGGAGGCAUAUCUGCACUGGGUAAAUCUGCUGCAGCUAUGGUUGCUAGAGCAGGGCCGGCCCCCCAAGUAGGAGGGAUAUGCAUAUCUGCACAAGGAAGGUUCGCUGCAGCUGCAGUAGCUAAUGCAGCAGCACCCCAAGUAACGCUUGCUGCAGGUACACUAUCUGGGACAGUUUCUAGUCCAAGCGGGGCGGUUUCAACUGCAGCAUGGCCCGUUUCAACUGCUCACGGGACAGUUUCAAGUGCAGCUGGAACGGUUUCAUCUGCAAUUGCAACUGUUCCGGGUCAGAAGAUGACACCUGAGGAGCUGGAAAUUGACAUGAGGGAUUUCCUGAGCAACAGAGCCAGGUGGGGCCAGGUGGAGAAGGGAGGCGCGUCCAUUGCCCACCUGAGAAUCUACCUGAGGGGUCUGCGGCGAGAAGGCGACCCAAAACUAGAGCAUCUACAAGACAUGUUUCUGGCCCACGGGCUCACUCUAGAGGACAUCAAACUGGAGAUGCUCUCAGUGGUGCAGCUCUUCGCCACUCUAGUCAGCCCGGUGCGCACAGGCGCCAAGAACAAGCCCAAGCUUCUCACUAUCAUAGCCACUUCUGAGCCUUGGAACCGCCCCCACGCCAUGGAGAAACGCCUGGCUGCCGCGGCGAUCACCGGGCCUGUCCCGGGCCUGCCGCCGGAGCUAGCUGCCGCGGCUGCGGCGCAGGUUCGGGUGGGCGAGGAGGAGGUUCGACGGUAUGGGGGGAUGUUGGAGCGGUUUCUGGGGAGUCCUAGGGAGUGGAACCUGGUGGAUCACAGGGGGGAGUUUCAGUUCAACGCUAUAUUUGCGUUUCUGCGCAAGGCGCAUGUGUGCGAGCCGCUGCUGCUGCAGCACUACCAGGGGCUCUUCUUCGCUCACUUCCUGACGCUCUACGACCUCCGGGCAUGCAAGAAGUGGGUGCUGAUGCUGCUGGCGCUGCUGCUGGGGUUCUCUGGCCGCCUGGACGAGCUCAAGAAGAAGGACCUCGUGCAGGCCAUUGCUUCCACUGAUGCAUGGAAGGAGUAUGACACGCGGCGCGAGGCGGGUCAGAAUAAUAUGCCUAAUGGCAGGGAGGACCCUAGUGGUGCAGGGGAAGGGCUUGAGAGUGUCAGGCCACUCGGAGUCGGAGUGGAAAGGUUUCAAACGGAUGGGGCCUUGGAAAUGGACGAGGGGAGCCGGGCUGCUGGGGGGGCAGCAGAGCCAGGAGGAGCAGCAGGAGCAGGAGUAGCAGGAGCAGCAGGAGCAAUAGGAGCAGCAGCAGGAGUAGCAGGGCAAGAAUCCGGGGUUGUAGCAGACAGGGGAAGCACACAUGCAUGUAUCCCUGCCGCUGCCGCUGCUGCCCCUUAUCUUCCUCUCCCUGUUCCUCCCACCACUGCCAUCCCUGCCACUUCUCAUGCCACCACUGCUCCUGCCUAUGCCACUGCAGCUAAUGCCCCUGCUAAUGUCACACCUUCUACUAAUGCACUUGCUAAUAAUGGUACUACAGCUAUUGUUUAUAAUGCUACUGUCCCUGCCGUAAAUGGGGCUACUUCUAGAAAAAGGUCCGCACCAGGGAGGAUUCGGCCAAUCAAAUGCGCCCGUCUGCUGCCGGCCUCCCGCCAGGACCGGUCGGCGUUCCUCGUCCGCGUGCGGCAGGUGGGGGAGGAGGAGCUGGGCGGCGUGCUUCGGCAGUUUCUGGAGGACCCAAAGAACUGGGCGUGUGCGCUGAAAGGGGGCGUGGUUGUAACGAGACUGGGGAAGUUUAUAAGGGAGAUGGCGGAAAAAGAUCCGAAGAUGCUAGAGCCGUACCAGCAGGCCUUCUUCGCCCACGGCAUAGGCUUGGACGAGCUGAGGCGGGAGAAGCGCACGGCUCUGGAGCUGUUUGCAUACCUCUUGGGAGUCACCGGCAACAUGCGCGCAUGGAAGAAGCACCGAUUGCUCAAGAUCAUAUCCGAUAUGCCAGCCUGGCAGAUUCACGUGACGCGAUUGGCUGAGAUGGGCGGGUGGGGAGGGGGAGGGAAGGGGAGGUGGGGGGGGAGGAAGGGUGCUGGUGGGGGGGAGGAUAAGGGGGAAGGAUAUGGGUUGGGGGGCGGAGAGGGGGAGGAGGACGAGGAAGGGGAGGAGGAAGAUGAUGAGGAAGGAGGGGAGGAAGGAGGGGAGGAGGUGAAUGAGAGAGAGGGAGGGAUGGAGAGUGCAGGGGGAGCAGUAGCACUUGCACCAGUAGCAAAUGGGUCUGCUUUUGAGUCGACUCAAGAGCAGGUGAAUGAGGGAGAGGGAGUGGGAGUGGUAGAGAGUGCGGGGAUAAAAGUAGCACUAGCACGAGUAACAAAUGACGCAUGCGUUGCAGCAACGAGACCAUCUGUAGCAUCAGGAUUGAAACAUGUAGCAGAAGCAGAAGCAGCUCCAGAUGCUGUCGCCGCUGCACCAGCUGUAGCAGCAGCAGCGCCAGCUGUCGCACCAGUAGCGGCGGUGGGGAAUGGAGCAGCAGGAGCAUCCGUAGCAUCAGUAGCUGCAGCAGCAGCCGCAGCGGCAGCUGUAGCACCAGCAGUACAGGACGGAUCAGCAACAGCGGGGAUAUCUGCAGCAGCAGCAGCAGCAAGAUUCUUACCUACUGUAGCAGAAAUAGUGCCAAUGGUGUGGUCUGUAGCAGGAGAGUUCAUGCCAUCUGUAGCAGCAGGAUCCGUGCCGGCUGUAGCAGAGCCAGGAGCAACAGGAGGGAGUGCGGUGGCGGCUGUAGCAGAGGCAGGGGCAGCAGAGGCAGCAGGGCAGGGUGGGGGCAGCAGGGACAAAGGCCGGAGGUGGGAGUGGGUGGAUGGGUGGGGAGAAUGGAAAGGGCGAGGAGAGGAGAGGGAUGAUGAAGGGGAGGAUGGGAGGAGUGAGGGAAGAGAGGGAAGUGCAGAGGGGGGAGGAGGAGGAGGAGGAGGAGGAGGGCGAGCCUUGAGUUAUUCUCUGGAGCCACGAGCCACGUGGUUAGAAGAGCUGCCUCUGAAUGGUUCCCUCGUGAGAGCUACUUCUGCUCGCUGUCUCCCAAUAGCUGGCCUGGUGCACUGGCAGAGGAGGACGACUCUCCAGGCCAAGGCUUUGCAGACAGGGGAGAAGGGGGAGGGGAAAGGGGAGAAUGGGGAGGAGGGGCGGAGAGGGGAAGAAGUUGAGGGGAUGACGCAGGAAGGGAUUUGUGAUCUGAUCCACUCAGCAGGCUCGGCUGAAGCGGUUGAGAUGGAUGCUCAAGAGAGGGAGGCUCAAGAGAGGGAGGCUCAAGAGAGGGAGGCUCAAGAGAGGGAGGCUCAAGAGAGGGAGGCUAUGGAGAUGGAUCCUAUAGCGAAGUGUGUGUCUCCCUUGACUGUGGGAGCAACUGCAGCAAUAGCUGAAGCAGCAGCACCGCCACUAUUACUAGCAGCACCUUCAGAUGAAACGCCUCCUGCACCAGCACCAGCACCAGCACCAGCACCAGCACCAGCACCAGCAGCAGCACCAGCACCUGCAGCAACAGCACCAGCAACAGCACCAGCACCUGCAGCAACAGCACCAGCACCUGCACCAGCACCUGCAGCAACAGCACCAGCAACAGCACCAGCACCUGCAGCAACAGCACCAGCACCUGCAGCAACAGCAGCAGGACUACUGCAGCCACUACUGCCACGAUCAGCAGCUUCACUCGAAACACCAGAUGCAGCAGUAGCAGUAGCAGUAGCACCACCACCACUACCACUAUCAGCACCAUUGGACGCAGCAUCACCUGCAGCGUCAGUCGCACCUGCAGCAGCAGCAGCAGCAGCAGCAGCAGCAGCAGCAGCAGCAGCAGCAGCAGCAGCAGCAGCAGCAGCAGCAGCAGCAGCAGCAGCAGCAAUGGCAGCACCAGCACCAUCGCCACAGCUGCCGCCAGUGCCAUUACCACCACCGCUUCAAAGCGAUUCAGCUGCAGCAGAAGCUGCAGAAGCAGCAGCAGCAGAAGCAGGAGCAGCAGCAGCAGGAACAGUAGCAGCAGCGGCACAUGAAACCAAACCAGCAGCUGUCGCCGAACCAGCAGCAAUCGCCGAACCAGCAUAUGAAACUGAGCCACCACUGGUAGUUGAUACCACACGGGAUUUGUCUACAAGAGGCACAAGAGCGCCAGAGGCUAGAGCAGCAGAGGCUUUAGCGCUAGAGGCUGUCGCAUCAGAGACCAUUGCGAGUGGUGCAGUGGCCUUAACAAUUGGUGCAGUGGCCUUAACAAUUGGUGCAGAGGCUUUAGAUGGGAUUUCAGAGGCUCUAACAAGUGGUGCAGUGGGGUUAUCAGGGGUUGCAAUGGCACCUGCAUCCCUCCUUAUCCCAGCAGCAGCAGCACCGGAAGCAGCAGCAGCAGCGCCAGCAGCAGCACCAGCAGCAGCUCUUGCAGCCAUCCCUAUCCCAGCACCACCGCCAGCAGCACCACCAACACCAGCAGCAACAGCUGCAAGAGCAGAAAUUCUGCCUCCCCCAAGGCACCUGGUUGCACCUAUGGCAGCAUCAGCAGCAGCCCCACCACCAGCACCACCAGCAGCAGCAGCAGCACCAGCAGCACCAGCAGCACCAGAAGCACCGGCAGCACCGGAACCACUGGCAGUACCAGUAGCACCAGCAGCACCAAAGGCAGUGUCGUUUCAAGAGCUCAUUUUUGCCGAUGGGAGUCUGGAGGAAGAGGAAGAGAGGCUCGGCCAGCUCUGGGAGGAGAGGGAAGACCCGUGUGCUGAUGAAGGGAGGGAUUGUGGAGGGAACGAGGGGGGGUGUAUGGGUGAUGGGCCAUGGCUAGUCGAGCCAGCACUACAAGCAGAGGACGAGGAGACGGGUGCGGCAGUGGCUUUGGCUUUAGGGGCCUGUCAAGAUGCGCUGGGGGAAUCUUCAGGAGCAAAGGAGUCACGAGUGGCAUUUGAGUCGUCACUACCAGCAGAGGAGGACGAGGAGACGGGAGCAGUGGCGGGUCUCUUUCUGGAGUUUGCGAGGGACCCGGCAGAGUGGGGCCUGGCGGACGCUCAGAGCAGAGCCAAGGUGCCUCGCUUCUUCCGCUUCCUCAGGCACCUGCAAAGAAUAGGCUCGCCCCUACUCAAGGCCUAUCGGGAGAUCGUCUUAUCCCACGGCUUCACCUCCCCUCAACUCCUCAACGCCUAUCGGGAGAUCGUCUUAUCCCACGGCUUCACCUCCCCUCAACUCCUCAACGUGAAGAAGCAGUCCCUCAUGCUCUUUGCCGCUCUCUUCGGCUAUCGGAGGCAGCUGGACGGGAAGAACAAGGGGCAGUACGCUGCUAUCAUCACCAAAUCCGCUUUUUGGAGAGAGCCGGGAGAGGGACAGGGACAGGGGCAGGGGCACGGGCACGGGCACGGGCACGGGCAUGGGCACGGGCACAGGCAAGGGCAGGGGCAGGGGCCGAUUGCAGCAGUAAAGCUAGCAAGUGGCUUGUUGGGCGGGGAAAGAGAGCGGACACAGGAGGGGCCGCAGCAGGGGGAAAGGGCAGCACAAGGGUGUGCGUGUACUGGUGCUGUGAGUGACGGAGGGGAAUCAGGUAUGGGUUGUUUGGGCUCCUUUGUCUCAGAAGCCAUGUGCACUACGUUUAUCCCUGUUCAUGCUCCCUGUGAGUUUGCCGCUGCUGCGGCUGCUGCUGCUGGUGGUUCUUUACCACCAGAUGUUUCAGCGGCUGCAGCAGCAGCAGCAACAGCAGGAGCAGCAGCAGGAGGAGGAGGAGCAGCAGCAGGAGCGGGUGUGGCAGAAGCGGCAUCAGAAGGCGGAGGAGGAAAAGCGGGUGAUGGGCCGGGGACGAGAGGAGGGCUGAGAUGGAUGAAAAGACACAUCCGAGUGCAGCAGGUGAGUGAGGGGGCAGAUGCAGUCACUAUGGAAAUACCAUCAGCUGCAACACGAGCAGCAGCAGCAGCAGCAACAGCAACAGCAGCAGCAACACCAGCAGCAGCAGCAGCACCAGCAGCAGCAGCACCACCAGCAGCACCAGCAGCAGCACCACCAGCAGCACCAGCAGCAGCUGCAGCAGCAGCACCAGCAGCACCAGCAGCAGCAGCAACAGCAACAGCACCAGCAGCAAGAGCAGCAACAACAGCAGCACCAGCACCAGCACCAGCAGCAACAGCAGCAACAGCAGCAGCAACAGCAGCACCAGCAGCAGCAGCAACAGCAGCUCCAGCAGCAGCACCAGCAGCAGCACCAGCACCAGGAGCACCAGCAGCAGCAGCACCUGCAGCAGCAGCAGCAGCACCAGCAGCAGCACCAGCACCAGCAGCAGGAGCACCAGCAGCACCAGAAGCAGCAACAACACCAACAGCAGCAGUGACGCCUAUAGCCACCCUAUCAGCUAGUGCUGCUGCGUCACCACCUUCAGAAACGACUCUGUAUGCAGCAGCCCCAGCACCCAAUGUAGCCACAGCCGCUGCAACAGCAUUAGAAUCUCUUGCAGGCACUGCACCGGCGCCUAAUGCUGCAGCGGCAGCACCAGCACCCAGUGUUGCCACUGCUGCAACAGAAUCUAUUGCACACAUGGCACAAGCACCUACUGCCACCAACCCCCCUCCCUCAUUUCCCACUGCCACCAACCCCCCCCAUCAGGGUCCUCCUGUCCCUCCCCUAGUGCCAUCUUCCCUCCCUUGUGUCCCUCACUCCUCUUACCCCAUCUCUUCAGCACUCCCCCCACGAAAACGUUCGCUCUCAGAACUGCUGCUCCUGCAAACCGGACGUAUCGCUACAGACCUGCAGGCUCGGCCCGAGCCUGAGCUCGAGCCUGUGCCUGAGCUGGAACCUGUGCCCGAGCCUAUGCCCGAAGCUGCUUUUAAAUCGAGAGAGCAGGAGAGCGGGGGCAGGGAACAGAAUAGCAAGGGGAGAGAGGAGGAGGAAGAGACCGGUGGGGUGAAUCAGAGAAAAGGGUUGGAGAAGGGAGGGGAGGGGAAGAGGAGGAAGGGUGAUGGAGAAAGAAAUCGCCAGGAGGAAAGACUGCUAGAGCUGGCAGAUAGAGGGUGUUCAGGAGACGGGAGGGGAGUGAAAAGGAGGCGGGAGGAUAUGAUGGAGAAUGAUCAUCACAGUGAUGAUGUCUAUAACGAGGAUGACUGCAUUUCUGAUGGUAGGGAUGGUGGUGGUGACUGCAACGGUGGGGGUGAUAAACACGCCGGGUGCUGCAAUAGGGGCGACGGCAAAGGUGAUGCCUUAGAGAGCGAUGGUGGUGGGGGGAACGCGAGUCCAGAGGGGAGUGGCUUUGGGGAAGGCCAUGCUAGGCAAGAUGGGCAGCAGAAGCAGUUGUUGGUGCAAGGCGUGACUCUUGGGGGGCAGGAAUGUGGGGGGGACAGGAUGGCAGUGCCAGACGGUGAGCUGCUUAGUGCUGUACGGGGGCACCUCAUAAAGGAGAUGGAGGUGUGUGCAGGUUUGAGUGACUGUAACAGGGGUGUGCGAGCACCCUGGUGGUGGCAACGGGUGGUUGGUGGAUGCAACUGGUCAGGAGCCUCAUCAGGUGCCCCCUCAGCAGCCUUUUCGGAUGUUCUCUCGAGAGAUGCAUCAGGUGUUCCGUCAGGUGCCAACGUCACUGCAGGUGCUCUGCUGCAGCUGGACAGGCUGUGUCAGGAGUUCAGCAAGUUUGAGGGUGCUUUUGGGUUACAGACUAGUGCUCCUCUCGAAGGGCCCCAGGCGGUUAGAGGGCGUAUUGCAAGUGGUGGUAUGCAGCUGUGGUGGGAUGGUAGGGUGGUUGCCAGGGGAGACAGGGUAGGCAGGGGAUGCAGGGGAGGCAGGGGGGGAAAGGGCGAGGGGGGCGGAGAAGUGAAAGGCAUAGACAGAGGGGCAGGAGCAGGGGAGGCUGCGCAUGGGGAGGGUGAAGCAGUGGGAGUGCUGCAGGGAGGGAGGGAGGGUUUGGGAGGAGGGAAGGAGGGUUUGGGAGGAGGGAAGGAGGGUUUGGGAGGAGGGAAGGAGGGUUUGGGAGGAGGGGAGGGUUUGGGAGGAGGUAAGGAGGGUUUGGGAGGAGGGAAGGAGGGUUUGGGAGGAGGGGAGGGUUUGGGAGGAGGGAAGGAGGGUUUGGGAGGAGGGAAGGAGGUGCUGAGGGGGGGCAGGUGGCAACGGGCAAUGCAGCUUAGCCUGCUCGCAGCAGUUGUUGCUGAGUGCGAGGCUUUGAGUGCAAGGCUUUGAGUGCAAGGAUUUGAGUGUGAGGCUUUGAGUGUGAGGCUUUGAGUGCGAGGCUUUGAGUGGGAGCGCAUUCCUUCUGAACAGAUUUCAGGAUCAGGCUCCCUGAUUUCGGCCCCUCAGCCUGCCGUUUUGCACUGCUGCAUAUCGUGUUAGCGUUCAUGUAUGUUGGAAAUGAUUAAAGAUCUUAAAACACA